AUGAAGGAAUGUCGUACACGUUCUGGCAAAAUUCCAUCUUCAGCAUCAUCAAGUGUAACAUCACAAGGACCGGCUCUUGUUCAAACAUCUAUGCCUCGCUUUGCAUAUAAUAAAAAACGAUUAAGUGAACGUUUUCAGACGCAACUGAAAGAUGCAGAGCUUAAAUUUAUAACAGCAGGAAGCCACUUGUUCAACGCUCUUGAAAACGAUGGUGUUCUAGAUUUGGUGCCGAAAUAG